UGAUGGGCAAGUGCCUCUGAGGGCCAAGUUUCACCAAAGCAUUUGUUCUUAUGGGUCAGAACAACAGAUAUACAGCCUUUCAUCCUUGACCAGUCCAUGAGCAGCUAAACAGAUGUGAAUGUGUUAAUAUCUCCAGUUUCCCAAUUUGUCAGGGAAAUGCAACAAUGGCCACUGAUGGUCAGAUGCCAAUGGGUUCAGGCAGUAACCUGGACGUUAUGCGGCAGCGGGCACAAAAAGCUGCUGAGUACUACCAGCAGCAGCAAGACUACCGGGGUGUGGACCAGGCCAGUGGGCUGGCGUCCCCCAGCUCUAUGUCCAGCAGGGAUUACCGCAUGCCUCCUCAACAGUACGCCGAAAACUAUAGCAAUAACAAAGGGUACACUGCUGACGCUGGUCGUGGUAACAGCAGUGCUCCUUCCAAUGUCGCUGGUGGUGGCGGCAGCGGCAAUGCUUACAGCAGCAAUGUGGGCCGAGUCCUGGCAGAGGACACCUUUGAUACAGCCAUGGCCCCUCCCACAAGCAACAGCUUCUACCGGGCCAAGAUGAGGGCGGGGAUUAUAGACAUGAGGAGCUCAUACAAUGAGCGUAUAGGAGCGGGGACCAGGAAUAGAGCAAGGACGUUCCAUGGGCCUCACACAGGGCCUAGGGCUCGAACUCAAACCUAUGCUCUUGACAGCAAGCAACAACCAUCGCCAGCAAACCCAGUGCACCAUGGCCAGCAAGAUCAACAACAACAGCUUCCGGCUCCACAGAAGCCGGCCCGUACUUACGCCACCAACAAAGCAAUGCUCCACCGAAGCAGCAGUGACCUAGAAGUGGACAGUGUGGAGUUGGACACACCCCCUCCCGCUCCGUCCACCCUUCAUCGUGAGUACGGCAGUACCUCCUCUCUGGACGUCCUCGGCACAAGCACAGACAAUUUUUUCUCCAUGAUCAGUGAGUUCCGGCAGCAUCAUGCCCUGGACCAGCGCAGCCCAGCCCCACCUCGCCUUCAAGAGCUUCUGCAGGGUCGCCUCGAGGCAUCAUCUGAGCCUCACAUACAGACCGCAGAAUCAGCCAAAGGUUCGGUGAAAUUCUUGAAUGGAUUAACUUCUGCUGAUAAAGAUGUGAUAACGGAUGAUGUGGAUUCUGGGAAAGGUAAUAAAAACAAAACCAAACACAAAGAGAGAAAGCAGAGGGCCAAAUCUAUAACGGGUGAGGGUAGUGCCAGUAUUCUGAAGAAACUGCGGGGUAAAAUGGAGUCUGAAGUGUCAGCUUUGAAGUCAGAAGAUCGUGUCAGUGCUGGAGAUGAGCUGCCAGGCCGGCCAGAGGACCACUCUCGCCGGCGAAUCUUUGUCCACUUUGACUGUCAGUCUGUGGGAGUGGACUUGGCUCAAGUCAUUCAUCAGCGCAUCCAUGGGGGGUCCUUGAAGAACAACAUGACCACUGGCGCUUCUGCCGCCUCAGGGCAGCGGUCAAGUCUUGCCCCUGACAAGGAUGAUCCAGACAUUUUAGCGGACACGGACGAAGGGGAUGGGAAGAGCAAUGAACUGGUUUUGUCGUGCCCGUUUUUCCGCAAUGAGUUGGGAGGAGAGGAUGAGAGGACUGUAAGCUUGACCAAACUGACCGCACACAAGAGAGUGUCGGCCACUGGCUCAUCCCCUGUGUCACAACCCCCCAUGGACACCAUCCUGGUGCGGCACCCCGCUUGCUGCGGUGUAGCCAUCUUGGACUCGUCACCGUCACCCUCUGGUCAGAUAUUGCCUCCGCUUGUGUCACAUCGAGGGCAUGUGAUAGAGUACGUAGACCAUGGGGCCUAUUACUACAGGCAUUUCUUCUACACUCAUGACCACCAGAACUUAUUUGGAACGGAUGAGAACUUGGGUCCAGUAGCCAUCAGUGUGCGCAGAGAGAAGCUGGACCUCGACGACAGAACCAACAACUUGGGCAGGGCAGACUACGGCUCUAAUCAGUACAGGAUCAUCUGUAGAACCAGUGAGCUGACCACACUGCGGGGCUGUGUGCUGGAGGAGGCCAUCCCGUCCCGUCUGAGCAGCUCCCGGGGAAUCCCCAUCAAGGACGUCCUGGAAGUGGCCGUGCCCGAGGUGCAGCUCUCCUGUCUGCGCCAGGGCAUGGCAGGACCCAAGACCUGUGAGCAGUUGCUCAAGCUGGACGAGCAAGGGAUCAGUAACACGUACAAAGUGGGCAUCAUGUACUGCAAGUCAGGUCAAGCUAGUGAAGAGGAAAUGUACAAUAAUGAAAGUGGAGGUCCGGCCUUGGAAGAGUUCCUCAGCCUUGUCAGCCAGAGGGUUAGGUUGAAAGGCUUUGAAAAGUACAGGGCAGGCUUAGAUUGCAAAACCGACACCACUGGCACCCACUCGUACUACACAACGUUCAACAACAACGAAAUAAUGUUCCACGUGUCCACCAUGUUGCCCUAUACACCAAACAAUAAACAACAGCUUCUGCGCAAGCGUCACAUUGGCAAUGACAUAGUGACCAUCGUGUUUCAAGAGCCUGGUGCCUUGCCGUUCACCCCUCAGACUGUACGUUCUCAGUUUCAACAUGUCUUCAUCAUCGUCAGGGUCAGCAAUCCGAAUUCUGACAACACAAGAUACAGCCUUGCAAUAACUCGCUCGAAGGACGUUCCACCAUUUGGCCCUCCCAUCCCUGAGCACUGUAGCUUCAAGAAGUCUCAAGAGUUUGUGGAUUUUCUCCUUGCCAAACUUAUCAACUCUGAGAAUGCAGCACACAAGUCCAACAAAUUUCUGACAAUGGCCACAAGAACAAGGCAGGAGUACUUAAAAGACCUGGCCACAAACUAUGUCACCAACACGCCCAUUGACUCGGGGUCCAAGCUUAGUAAAUUUGGACUUGGCAGUGGACGCAAGAAGGAGAAGCCAAAGCAAAAAGUGGUACCUGAUAUGUUUGCCAAAGGAGCACUGGUGUGGGAGGUUCAGGUGGAGGACAUGGGUACUGCGUCUCAGGUGGAGUGCCUGCUGGCAGUAGCGGCUGACACCAUCGUGCUGGUGGAGCAGGUGAACAAGGACGUCAUCUUCACCAUACCCUGCAGCACCGUCAUUGGAUGGACUCCCCAGCCAAGCAGCUUGCGGAUGUACUUUGGCUCUGGGGAGUGUCUGCUGCUGCGUCCCUUGUCUGGGGAGGUGGAAGAGAUGCAUGAGAUGAUCACCAGACUACAAGCUGUCACAAAUGGCACAGAGACUUCAAAAAUGGCUUUGAAAAGAAAUGGCUUGGGCCAGCUUGGUUUCCACAUCCAGUCAGAGGGCAUUGUGACAGACGUAGAGCCCUAUGGGUUUGCCUGGGAGGCUGGCCUCCGUAAAGGCAGUCGGCUGGUAGAGAUCUGCAAGGUGGCCACCACCACGCUGUCACAUGACCAGAUCGUGGACCUGCUGCGUACUUCGGCUGUGGUCAAGGUGGUGGUCGUGCCCCCUAUGGACGAUGGCUCCCCUAGGGGCUUCAUCAGCCUGACCACACAUCUCCCCCACACCUCCAUGAUGUCGCUAAAUGCCAUCAUGAUCUCCGAAACCCUCCAUGCUCCAUCUCCAUCCCCCUCGGAGCCUAGCUUCCUCCUCACUAGAGGUGACAACAGCAUCAGCCUGACUUCCCCACUACCAUCAUCCUCCACCUCAGUGGGCAGCAAGCCGUCCCCUUCAUCCAACUCACAACAACAACAACAACAACAACAACAUCAGCAGCAGGCCAGCAGCUCCGUGUUUGAGUCCCCCCGGCAGCGGCCCGUCACCACCCACCAUGGCUACUCGGACUCCACCCUGUCGUCGGGGCGCUCUUCUGACGAUGGUCGCAGCUCCUAUUUUGGUCACACCCGCCAGGAGUCAGCGGACAUGUACGGCUCAGUGCGGGGCAGCCAUGAAGGGCACACCAGCUCAGGGGAGGAGCCACACUCCAGGAAUAACUCUCAUGACAGUUCAGACUAUUCCUUGUCAGCAUUGAGUGCAAGGUCCAGAUCUAGUCAACACAAUCAGCCCCCUCUACGUCGAGGUGAGCGAGUGGCAGCAAGCACUGAUGUGAGCAUGGACAGCAGUGUCUACGGCAGUGCCGCCACCAACAAGCGACAGUUUGCCAACAUGGAGUACAGCUCCAGUAUCCCGGCCACGGGGAACAUCGCCCUGGAGCUGCUGAAGCAGACACAGAACACUAAGUACCUGUUGGGUCAAGGUCAGGGUCAGGCUCCUUCGAGGUCAGCUGUGGAGCAGGGUCGGUCAGUGCAAGACGGGACAAACCCAGGGUCAGCCUCCAACCUCAGUCAGAUCAGUGAAGGUUCCUCGAGUGGUUCUUCACAGUACACACACAGAAAUGAAUCUGGGAAACUUAUCAAAGAAGAGGUGGGAGCCCCAAGGCGUAAAGACGGCUCUGUGAUGAGCAGGUCAAUGAAGCCUGUGAUGAAGAAAGGACUGACGGAACCAUCCACCAGCAGCCCACGAGCCACAAGGCGCAACCUCUCUGGCAUGUCAUCAGAGGAAUCCCUGAACUCACGUCUGCGUCCUGGUGUCACGGGCCAGAAGUUCACCCGUCAAGUGGCCCGAGCAGAUUUCCAGGAGGAACUCAUGAGGUUGAUUGACCCAGAUCUCUCGGAGAAUGACCUGGUGGGCUAUAAUUCGAGAGGUUCGACCUCUAGGAAGUCUGGACGGCUGCAAAGGACCUUGUCUGAUGAGAGUCUUCACAACAGCAAGGGAACCAGCAGUGACUUACUUCCUACCAAGUCAGAGGACUCUCCCACACAGAGGCUGUCCCCGAGGGCUCUUUCUGACCUGAUCAGUGCAAGGCAAAGGAGCAAGUCCACCAUAGACAACAGAGCCUUGCCUGUCCUGGAGUCAGCUGCUGCUCUGGACUGGUCCAAACUGGUCAAUGUCGCCUCAAAGGUUAUUGACGAAACUGAUUCCAAAAGUUCCUCGCGUUCUGGGAAUGGGCACCUCCGUGAGGAGAAUGGAAGCUCCCCAGAGGACCGCCCCCCGCCCCGACCACCUUCUCCUCAAAUGAAUAUCGGGCUGCCUACAUCAUCUGCUGGAAUGUCGGCCUCUUACAUGUCCCUGGCGACCACGCCACAACAGAGGAUUCAGGAAUUGGAACAGCGGCUGGACAAAGUCUCUCACGAGCUGGACAAGGUGCGGAAGGAAAAGUCUUCCAUGGAGGCAGAGAUUCAAGACCUGAGAGCCGAUAAUGUACGCCUACAGGAGGAGUCUCAGACUGCGGCCACGCAGCUACGGAGGUUUACUGAGUGGUUCUUCAAUACUAUUGAUCGACAGUGAAACUCACAGAGAGUGCUACUUUUUGCUGUUGACCUUCGUAUAGUCAUGUCUACGUGUUCGUAUAAUGUAUUAUUUUUUUGUCAGUGAAUUCAGAGUCUGGAUGGAAUUCUGUUUGUGGGUGUACCAGUAUAAUUCAUUGUUGGUCAAGAAUUCAAGAAAGAGUGCCUCUCUUGGGAGAAACAAUCUGAUAAAAAUAAAAAACCAAUUGAAGAAUGAAAAAAA